ACAUUUCAAUAUACAUAAUUUCUUAUGCACAUUGAAAAUGUACAGUUUAGCCACUGCUUUGUAACACUGAGUUUGUCUUCUUUCUCUUACUUUGUGUGAAAUGCAGUCUUUACUGCAACACUGCACCAGUUUGUGUAAUGGUACGGGUCUUCAGAGAUUUACACCUCUGAAGUGGAGAGGGAGGAUCUAAUAAAAGAAGCAUUCAGCAGACUCAGACUGCAAUUUUGUAACCUCUGCUGGUCAUAAUACACCAAGUUUGAUAGCAGGUAAUGACGCAUGUCAGGUUUGAACUGAAUUUGUCUGUCUGAAGAAUUUUAGUCGGCUGUAAAAAUAUAUAUAUGUAUGUAUAUAUUUAUCUGUAUUAUGGAUGACAAGAUCAACAUUUCCUACAUAACUCUGUCUGGGUAUGUAGAUCUGAACAAAUACAGAUAUUUUUACUUCUUCAUUGUACUCACUGUGUACAUCUUAACAGUCUGCAGCAAUGCUACUAUUUUGUAUCUCAUCUGGAUUCACAAAAACCUCCAUGAGCCGAUGUACAUCUUCAUUGCAGCUUUGCUGUUUAACGGUCUUCUUUACAGCACCAACAUUUACCCAAAGCUUUUGAUUGACUUCUUCUCUGAAAAACCGAUCAUAUUGUAUUCAGCUUGUCUUUUGCAGUUUUUUAUGUUUUACUCUUUUGGUUGCUCAGAGUUCCUCCUGCUAGCAGCCAUGGCCUUCGACAGAUAUGUGGCGAUAUGCAAACCUCUGAGAUACAGAAAUAUAAUGAAAAGAAGCACGGUUAGUAUUUUCCUGGUUCUAGCUUGGUUUCUACCUGCUUGUUAUCUUGCAGUGCUAGCAAUCCUUAGUUCUAAAGCUAAAUUAUGUACAUUUGACUUGGAAGGAAUAUUUUGCAACAACACUAUUUACUCCCUUCAGUGUGUGAGAUCAACAGCAAUCACUGCAGUGGGGAUUGUAGCUUUAUUACAUGUUGUAGUGCUUCCUAUGCUCUUCACAAGCUUCACGUACGCAAACAUAUUUAGAAUAUCUUACCGCAGCUCUAAGCAAUCCAGGAAAACAACAGUAGAGACCUGCGUGCCUCACCUGCUGGUUCUGACCAGCUACUUCUGUUUGAUGACGUACGAUGUGGUUAUAGCCCGAGUGCAGUCCGAUUUCCCCAAAAUUGCACGAUUCAUAAUGACGAUGCAGAUAUCUCUGUAUCACCCUUUGUUGAACCCGUUCAUAUACGGUUUUAAAAUGAGGGAAAUUAACAAACAUCUGAGGAGAUUGUUCAGCUCAGCCAAAAAGGUGCCAGCAGUAAUUCAGUGAUUUUAUUUUGUAACUGCUCUCAAAUCCCUUUCUUGUGUCUCAUUUGGUUUUCAAAGUGUCACGAUGACUAAAAUGAUUCUGGAUUCCAUUUAAACCACAUUUGUUGUUUCAACUAUUUGACUGCAAGCAAUCAAAAUUGUAUUACUGCACUUAAUACAACAUGAAAAAGUUAUUUCAUCAUUACUCCAGUACAAGACUGACUGACCAUACUGGGUAUCCACCUACGCCUGAAAAUUAUUUUUAUGCUAUAUAUUUAAAAUAUCCUUGACGAGGGUGAAAUUAUGUACAUGUGCGCUGCUUGCUUCCUCCACACUUCAUUGUUGAGAUUCUGCUUGGCUUCUUUAGGGUUUAUAGACACAUUUGUUGUACUGUGUAGUUUAGAAUCUGAAGGAAACAACAACAUGGGCAAAUAAUUUUGUUUAAACGUUUACUUAAUAAACUGCUUUCAUAUUUAAGUAUGCGUUUAGUACUUUCAAACACUUGCUGUGUUUUCAAGUUGGCUUCUCUUUGGUGGUGGAAACAC